AUGGAUAUUCAGAAACUUCAAAGAUCAUUUUCCAUUAUUGAUGAUGGCGAAAUAGAUUCUAUUAAUGAGGCCAUCGAUGAUGAUCACUUGGAAGACGGAAUUACUGAAAAUCGUUUUCAAGAUGAGGCUAUAUCAGAUUUGUCAGAUUUUGACGAGAACAGCAGUAGUCAGAAACGACAGAGCAAGCUGAAAUUCCCCUCUUCAAAUGUGGGCAAAGUAGUUCCAAGCUUAUCCAGCCCAGGAGCAUCUUUCAAGCUGCAGUCAGCAACUAGAAGAGAAGCUACUCACCCCGUGAAAAUGCUUCAUAUAUCAAGCGAUAGUGAAGAUAGUGAAAAUGAAGAUAGAAGAAAAGAAAUAAUAACCGGUGAAUACGAUCCUAAACUCUACGAAAAUUUAGACGUUGAUAAAGAAGUCAGAGAUGUUUUUCAGUUCAUUUCGAAAUACAUCCCUCAGAACUUGAACCUGGACACCAAGUUGAAACCUUUCAUCCCAGAAUUUUUGCCUGCAGUUGGAGAUAUUGAUGCUUCUUUGAAGGUAGUUCCCCCAGAGAAAACUCUUACUGGGGAAAAAUGUGGUCCAGAACAGUUUUCGCAUUUAGGUUUGAAAGUUCUUGAUGAGCCAGCCACCCAUCAGAGUGAUCCUGCUCUUCUAUACCUACAACUGAGAGCAACUUCUGUGACCCCUGGCAAGAAAAAUGAUGGAAAUGCGGUGGUCAAGAAAGUGGAUAAUACUGAACAAAAUGCCAAAAUAAUCGAGAAGUGGAUAAAGGAUAUAUCUGAUUUACACAAAACUAAAUCAUCUCCAGUAGUACGAUACUCCGAGCCUAUGCCAGAACUAGACGACCUAAUGCAGGAAUGGCCUGAAGAGAUAGAAAGUAAAUUGAAAAGCGAAGGGUUUCCGGAACCAAACGACAAGUCCCUAUCAGAGUAUAUCGAUACGCUUUGUAAUCUGUUUCAAAUACCAUCAGCUAAGAAGAAGAUCCAUUCGAUUCAUCUGCUAUUGUGUUUGUACGCGGCCAUCAAACAAACGCAGUUCUACCGAGCAACAUCGGUUGUUUCCAGUGAAAAAUCAACGAACGCCUCCACGAAUCCAAAACAAGAAGCUGAUCAGUUGGUUUUGGAAUGA